UGCCCUGCCUGAUUCUGCUGUGUGAGGGCAUCGAGCCAAAUCGGAGAGGUCCUCCCACUCUCCUCCAACCAGGCACCAGGCUGCGCACGGAGCUCCUCACCGCCACAGUCUCACCACCGACAGCGCGGCUCCUCCACCUCCAACCUCCAUCAGCGGGCUCCUCACAUGGUGAAAAAUGGACUCUUUAAAUCAUAAACUGAACACCUACUUUGAAUCAUGGCUCGGCCCCAGAGAUAAGCGGGUGCAGCAAAUGCUUUUGCUCGACAACUACCUGCCGACCUUUGCCCUUACAGUCAUGUACCUUCUGAUCGUGUGGUUGGGGCCCAAGUACAUGAGACACAGGCAGCCGUAUUCCUGCAGAGGUCUCAUGCUGCUCUACAAUCUGGGCGUCACUGUCUUGUCCGUCUACAUGUGCUAUCAGCUUGUCAGCACCUUCUGGACAAGUGGCUACAACUUUUACUGCCAGAACACAUACAGCGAGCCAGAAGCAGAUAUGAAGAUCAUAAAUACCCUGUGGUGGUACUACUUUUCUAAGCUCAUUGAGUUUGCAGACACCUUUUUCUUCAUCCUACGAAAGAACAGUCAUCAGAUCACGUUUCUUCACGUCUACCACCACGCUAGCAUGCUGAAUAUUUGGUGGUUUGUUAUGAACUGGAUUCCCUGUGGUCACUCAUACUUUGGUGCCUCCCUCAACAGCUUUGUCCAUAUUGUGAUGUAUUCUUACUAUGGUCUCUCAUCCAUCCCCGCUCUCCGGCCUUAUCUGUGGUGGAAGAAGUACAUCACGCAGAUGCAGCUGAUCCAGUUCAUUUUAACCAUAUGCCAAACUGCCUGCGCUGCUAUAUGGCCGUGCGGCUUCCCCAUCGGAUGGCUGACAUUCCAGAUCAGCUACAUGGGCACGUUCGUCCUACUUUUCUCAAACUUCUACAUUCAGACGUACAAGAAGCAGCAAGGUUCACGGCAGAAGGAAUUCAAGAAUGGUUCUUCUCUGUCGACAAAUGGCCAUGCAAACGGGACGCCGCUGGUGGAACGCGGCACAUCGAAGAAGCUGAGGACGGAUUGACAUUGGAGAAAGCGUCACUCAAGCGUCAUUUAGCUGUAGCAUUUUAGCCGAUGCUGCUAGAGGGCGUAGGCGUCUUCUUAUCUAGAAUAGUUAAGAACUUAUUUACAAUAAAGCCAGCCAUGACCACACACACGAAUCGAAUGGAGACACAAUUACCACUCAUUUGGUUUAAUCAGUAUCAUUACAACAGACUACUACUGCACUAGUGUUGACAUAACAGAACAAGUUUUUUUUUUGCCUUUUAUGUUAAUUUAUUUCAGAACAGGUUGCUUUUUUCACUGCCAGAGCACAAACUCACACCUACGCUCAUUCCGUGAUGCUUUACACAACUCAAGUCCAAAGAUGAACAAUCAGAUGUGUUGACAGAUAAAUGUUAAAUGACAGAUCUGUAUGAAGAAGAAGGAAAUGCCACUCCUGCCUGUGUGUCUGCAUCUUCCAGAACGAUCGUUCUCAGCGAUUCUUUGAAUCUUCUCCACAAACAGGGUGUUUCAACAGCUUUUUGCAGGUGUGUUAUUACAAAACACACCAGGUUUACUGGGUUUCUAAUCAGGACGGUGAAGCCGCAGAUUGAAAGGACAGCUAUUAGUAUUUGUGUAAACAUGUCAAAAACUCCGCUUUGUCAGUAUUACAAGAAUCUGUGUCUCACUUUGUCCCUUUGGCACCUUAUUUAAACUGGUUAUGUCUGUUUUGUCGUGCAGAGUUUGAAAAUACAACUAUGCAGUACAGUUCAUAGUUGAAAUACCACAAUGGAAUCACAUUUGGAUUCACUGCGUCAUUUAGGAUGUAAUUUCUGCAUAAAUAUGACUUAAUGUAUGUUCAAUAAAAAUAAUGGUGCAGUUUUA